AUGUCGUUCCUCGGUGGCGCGGAAUGCUCUACGGCGGGAAACCCUCUCUCACAGUUCACCAAGCAUGUUCAAGAUGACAAGUCUCUACAGCGUGACCGGUUGGUAGGCCGGGGACCAGGCAUGCAAGAAAGCAUGCGAUCCCACGGUAUGAUGGGCGGACAAGACCAGAUGAAUGAAUUCAUGCAACAACCCGGACAACAAUUAAAUGGACCCUCGCCCCAACCAUUCGCCAUGGAGCAGAUGCGCCGUGAGCUGGAGAACUUUCAGACUGCCUCACCCCGCACGGGGUCCCCCGGUUGGGCGGCCGAGUUCGAUCCCGGCGAGCAGGCCCGUAUGGAGUCAGCUUUUCCUAGUGCCCAGAACAAUGCGCCUGGUUUUGCGCCGGCGGAGUUUGCCCGGUUCCAACAACAGAAUCGGAUGGGCAUGCCGCAGAAUUCUAGCCCCGCUACCACGGCGACCCCGCCCAUGAUGUCGGGAUACCAGCGGCCGAUGGGGGGUAUGAGCAGCAUGUAUGGUGGUAUGGGUGGUAUGGGGAUGAUGCGACCUAUGGGUGGUAUGGGUGGACCAAUGAUGCAGCAACAGCCUAUGGAAGGUACCGCUCAAGAUAAGGGCAAGGGACGGAUGGUCGAGCUAGACGACCAGAACUGGGAGGCCCAGUUUGCCGAGAUGGAGACUGCGGGUAACGUGGAGCAGACGGACGAGGAAGCCAAUGCAGCCAUGGAGGCAGAGUUGAAUGAGCUGGACAGGUCAGUCCCCACCAAUGAUGCCUUUGAGUCCGUGUGGGAGCGAGUUCAGGCUGAGACGGCGACAAACAGAAAACUGGCCGAAGAAAACGAUUUCGAGGUCACUGAUAGUGUGCAUGUUGGUGAUUUGGGCGACUGGGAGGGCUUUGAUAGUCUGAACACACGUUUCCGCGACCCUCAGCUCGGUGAUUACAUGUUCGAGCAAGACAAUGUGUACCAGUCGGUGAAUAACCCAUUCGAGGAAGGUGUGAAGAUUAUGCAAGAGGGUGGCAACCUGUCUUUGGCAGCACUCGCUUUCGAGGCUGCGGUCCAGAAGGACCCCCAGCACGUGCAAGCCUGGACAAUGCUGGGUUCGGCACAAGCUCAAAAUGAGAAGGAGCUACCCGCGAUCCGGGCUCUGGAACAGGCACUCAAGAUUGACCCCGCUAACUUGGAUGCCCUGAUGGGCCUGGCUGUCUCGUACACUAACGAGGGCUACGACUCUACCGCAUACCGUACACUUGAGCGCUGGUUGUCCAACAAAUACCCGUCGAUCAUCAACCCGAAUGAGGUCUCCGGCGACUCAGACCUCGGCUUCACAGACCGUCAACUCUUGCACGAGCGUGUUACCGAGCUUUUCAUUCAAGCAGCCCAACUCUCCCCCUCCGGUGCACAGAUGGACCCAGACGUCCAAGUCGGUCUGGGUGUGCUAUUCUACUGUGCCGAGGAAUACGAAAAAGCCGUCGACUGCUUCUCUGCCGCCCUAGCUUCAACCGAAUCCGGAAGCACCAACCAGCGCGAGCAACUUCACCUACUCUGGAACCGUCUCGGCGCUACACUAGCCAACUCCGGCCGCUCUGAAGAAGCCAUCGAGGCUUAUGAGCAAGCACUUAACAUCAACCCCAACUUCGUGCGCGCCCGCUACAACCUUGGUGUCUCCUGCAUUAAUAUCGGCUGUUACCCGGAAGCCGCACAGCACCUCCUGGGCGCCCUUUCCAUGCACCGCGUGGUUGAACAAGAGGGCCGCGAGCGUGCCCGCGAAAUUAUCGGUGGCGGCGGUGCUCCGGAUGGUCUGGAUGAUGAACGACUUGAGCGCAUGCUGCACAUUAGCCAGAACCAGAGCACCAAUCUGUACGACACAUUGCGUCGUGUCUUCAGUCAGAUGGGUCGUCGGGAUCUGGCUGACCAGGUUGUCGCCGGUAUGGAUGUGAAUGUUUUCCGCAAAGAGUUUGAAUUCUAG